AUGGUUUUUAUGCUCGUUUUUGAGGAUCGAAUCAUUAUUUUUAGCGGGUUGAACUCCGAUCGCUUUGUUGACCGUUUUGAUGACUCAACACUAACAAGAAUGCAGGCGCAGUACUGGACAGCAAAGCAACUGAUACGCAAAAAAUUGGGCAAAAAAGAAGAUGAGCAUUUAUUAGCCUCCGAUGCCGAAUUUGAUGCAAAAGUAAACCUUUUUCGAUCACUUCAGGUGACUUCUGAACAGAUGUUGGCCUGCAUUGAUGAUUAUCAACAUUAUCUUGGAGAAUUAACGCAGACUGAGGUUAGUCUUGGAGACAUGUUAAAUGAUAAAAGCCGUGGUGAAACUGGAGACACCAGCAAAGCUUUGACUGCUGUUGGGAAGGUUCAGACUCUUUCUGCCAGUUACAGGCAAAAAAUUCGUGCUCCGUUAAUACGUUUUAUGGAAGAAUUGCGAGUAUUUACCGACAGAGCAAUCCUUGACUGUAUGUCUACAGUUGAGGCGGCUGAAAAGGCUCAAAUAGAAUAUCGCGGUUCUCUGCUUUGGAUGAAGAAAACCAGUGUUGAGCUUGAUCCCGACGCAGAAAAUGCACUCGAGAAGUUCAGGAAGGCCCAAAGUAUUGUGCGUAAAAACAAAGAGAAAUUGGAUGGCUUAAAAAUGGAUACAUUGCAGAAGGUGGAUUUACUUGCUGCAAGUCGCUGUAAUCUUUUUGCUCAGCUUCUUGAGAAUUAUCAGAAGUGCUUGUACAAUUUUUAUGAGCAAACCGCCUUGGCUUAUGCAAGGAUCUAUGAUUUUGUGGAAAACUGCAAAAAGUACCACUUUGAAAUUUUAAAGAACUUGUCAGAUGCAGAUGAAAGCAAAGAAGGCGGAAGCGAGGCGGAUAACGGAACUGCUGGAACGUCAAGUCUUAUUGACUUGGGAGGAGAUGAGAAAUGCAAAGAUCUACAAGCAGUAGACCAAGACACUGCAGAAGCUGAGAUUAUUAAUGAAGAGAAUAAGACUCCGCUUGGGAUACUUCUGGAACGAGAGGAGAGUCCACUAGGCGAACCAGAUAGUACAUCUGACAGCAUUAAAACGGAUGAGCAACCUUCUGUAAUACCGAUAGGCCCACUUCCCAAAAAAUACAUAUCAGAUAGUGAAAUUCCAAAAAUUUCACCUCCCCCAGGAUGGAGUGUGCCUAAUCAAGAUAAUCAAUAUCCCCAAGAAUUAGCAGAAUUAUUGGCUCAGAAUGACUCAACGGAAAACGCACAAUCAUUUGCUGUCGAAUGGUCAAAGUUAUUUGAACAACCAGAUAAAAGUGUUGAUUCAGCGGUUGUCGAAGCUUCCAACUUACCGUCUCAGUUACUAGAUAAACAGGAAGCGAAGACAACACAUUUUCCAAACCCUUUCGAGGAGCCUAUGUUUGAGGUACGCUUUCGCCUUCUUUUGCUACUCCUGGGAAUAUUAUGAAA